AUGGCAGCAAUGCAUGCCAUGCCGAAGAUGAGACUUAAACGACUCACGCAAAUGAUUCGAAGUAUACUAUGUGCUAAAUAUAUAUCCGCUGAUGGACACACUGAUAUUAUGCCUGAGGUAACUUUAGAUCUACAAGAGCGACACAUAUCGCCCCGCGACAUCUCGAACACCUCUCCACCCCUGCAAAACUCUCCACUCCCUAGCUGCAUAAAUAUGUCGACGAUUUCUAGGACUUUGAGGUACCUUAGGCGGAUAGGUUUUAAGCAGUAUGCUUACCAGAUGAAUCGCAUUGGUGACACCAAGUACGGUGUUCUUGUUGGUACCGAUAAAUACGGCAAUAAGUAUUAUGAGAACAAAGACGAGGAGCUUCCCUUGAGAACCAAGUGGGUUGACUACAAAGAAUGGAAGGAAUACGAUGCAUCCAUGGUUGAGCCCGGCUGGCACGGAUGGCUCGCAUAUAUGUUUGACAAGCCCCCCACCUCCGAGCCGAUUAUGAAGCAUGAUGUUAGGCCCUGGGAAAGUAAGGAGCAUAUUCCGAACCAGACAUUCAGCCGUGCUGCUUACAAGCCAUACUCUACGACCAAACCGAAAAUUUCGUCUUGGGAUGCAAUUGCCAGACCAAGAGUUUAA